AUGGCUGCUGCCGCCCCCGAAGACUCCGUCAGCCAUCUUGCCGAAUCUGGCAUAACGAUGCACUCAGACAGCGAGCAGUACUCGGCCGCCGAGGCAGACAACGUCACCGAGUCGCCCGAGUCGACAUCGUCAUCGCCCAUCAUCCUGUACAGGUCGCCUACCGUGUGGUCCUUGGUCAGGGGCGCCGCCAUCAACCUCCUGCUCCCUUUCAUCAACGGCAUGAUGCUCGGGUUCGGUGAACUGUUUGCCCACGAGGCUGCCUUCCGGUUAGGAUGGGGAGGAACAAAGGUCUUCCCCAUGUCGCGCAGACGUGUUCAUCCCAUCGGUCCGGGUAUUGAAGCCAGGGAGCAACGUGGAAAGUCGGCCUUUGGUCUAUGA